UCUGACUUUGACGUCUUUUGUCGCAAAAAAUCUAGGUUAGAUUUCAUGUCCAUUGUUAGAGAAAAGUUGUAAUGAAUUGUUUAUAUAAGAAAAAGCAGUAAUUCGAUUUGAUUUUUCGUUCUCGACCGACAAAAAGACACAUUUAAACACAAAUAAAACAACCAGAAACAUGGACACAGAGAAAAAUGUAAGAGAAGAAAGGGAAUACUUCCUCUCUGUAAUAAAAACCUUCAAGAGCUACAGGGACCAAUCAAUUAAAAAGAUCGAAAACAAAGAGAAGUGCGUCGGAACUCUACCUAACGAACACAAAAAGUGGCUAUCCAAGUAUUAUGAAGAUCUCCAAAAACUUAAAGAAUGUGUAGAGAAAAAUUAUAGUUUUAUACCUCUAGUCCUUCAGCAUGCCUAUACCAUGUUCGAUAAUGUAUAUUCUAAUAUGGAUAUCGUAAAAUUUGAGGAGGAGGCUCGAAUUCUGUCUGAAGGGUUAGACAAAGUACAGUCUGUUUUCAAACAGCUCAUGAGAGACUGGAGCUCGCUGGGAGCAGCUGAAAGAAAACAGUGUUACGAACCCAUAAUCCAGGAGAUUUUAGCCAGUUAUCCGGAAGAAGAGUACGACCGUGGAGAGAUACAAAUUCUAGUUCCAGGUGCCGGCUUGGGGAGGCUGGCUUUUGAAAUUGCCUCCAGAGGAUUCAAGUGCCAGGGCAAUGAAUUCAACCUGUUCAUGUUGAUUGUAUCGUUUUACGUACUAAAUCUAUGCCAGAAAGUGGAUGAGUAUGAGAUAUAUCCGUGGAUUCAUCAGUAUUGUAAUAAUAUCAGUGUGGAGGACCAAAUGAUUAGUGCUCGUUUUCCAGACGUGAAACCUAUGCCAUCACCAAAAAGUAACUUCUCAAUGACAGCCGGAGAUUUCUUGGAAGUCUACACGACCAAUGACGAGUGGCAUUGUGUGGCAACGUGCUUCUUCAUAGACUGUGCACCUAAUGUCGUUCAAUUUAUUGAGACUAUCUAUGAUAUUUUGAAACCUGGCGGACUAUGGAUCAAUCUGGGUCCAUUACUCUACCAUUACUCAGAUGUUAAGAACGAAAAAAGCAUCGAACCUAGCUUUAAAGUAUUAUGUGACGUUAUCAAAAAGGUGGGAUUCAAAAUGGAGAAAUGCGCGACGGGUGUUAAAACGAAGUACUGCCAAAACCCGUACUCUAUGCUUCAGUACGAGUACGACAGCGUUUUUUUCGUAUGUAGAAAACCGGAUAAUGGUUUGGCGAACGGUCACGAUGACAUGGAAGAUCACUGAAGAUAUUUAUAGUGUUAGAAAAAAAAAAGAAAGAAAAUCAGAAUAUUUUUGGUUUGGUUUUUUAAAUAUUUUUUUCUCACAAAGCCAGUCAAGAAGGAAUUUAGAAUUUAUUUAAUAAAUUUUUAAGUUCUA